AUGCUAACUAGUGACUGUGCCAUGGCCCACUAUGACCCUGCAGCUCCCACCCAGUUACGUGUCGAUGCUAGCCCUGUUGGUCUGGGGGCUAUUUUGACUCGAACGCAGCAGAGUGUGGUGAGACCCGUCGCAUAUGCCAGUCGAACGCUUACCCCAGUGGAACGCCGCUACUCCCAAACAGAGCGUGAGGCCCUAGCAGUUGUUUGAGCUGCGAAAAGUUUCACCUUUACUUAUAUGACACCACCUUUGACUUGCUUACCGAUCACAAACCCCUCGAGGUGAUUUAUAGUCCCACAUCAAAGCCCCCAGCAAGAAUUCAACGCUGGGGACUACGCCUCCAGCCUUACACAUUUCGCCAGCAAUAUUCUCCUGGUGCCACCAACCCUGCCGAUAUAUUAUCUCGCCUGUCCUUGCCAAACACAGUGCGCCGAGAACGGAACAUUGCGGAGGAGUAUAUCCACUACAUAGCCCGCAACGCCAUCCACAAAGAAAUGCCCCUUACUCAGCCAGAGCAGGCUACGGCGCGAGACCCCGUCCUCCAGCGAGUCCACCAGUCAGUCGUCUCGGGUAACUGGUAGAAAACUAAAGAAACAGAUCCCUAUUUUUGCGUUAAAAAUGAACUGACAGCGACAGAGUCCUUACUUCUUUAUGGCUCCCGUAUCGUGGUUCCAGCCAGUCUACAACCUACCACCCUACAACUGGAACACGAAGGCCACCGAGGGAUUGUUCGAACAAAACAGUUCUUGCGAGAAAAAGUCUGGUGGCCUGGGAUCGACAAAGACGUUGAACACUUUAUUCGUUCCUGUAUUUCCUGUCAGGCCCAGUCCUCCCAGUCAUGCCCACAGCCACUUACCAUGACAGAAAUGCCUUCACGUCCGUGGACCGUCUUGCAUGCUGAUCUAUGUGGUCCUUUCCCUAGUGGUGAGUCGCUUCUGGUUUUAGUUGAUUCAUGUUCUCGAUGGCCAGAAGUUUUCAUUUUAAAGAGCACAACUGCAACAGUCAUCAUCAAUCGCAUGAAAUCGUGCUUCGCUGUGCAUGGUCUCCCAGAAGCAAUCGUUACAGACAAUGGACCUCAAUUUGUGGCUGAAGAGUUUGAUUUGUAUCUUCGAGAGCACGGCAUCACACACCGUCGAGUAACACCUUAUUGGCCACAAGCCAAUUCCGAAGUCGAACGGUUUAACCGCACACUCGAGAAGGCCAUUCGCGCUGCAAAUACCGAAGGAAAAGAUUGGAAAAGCGAGCUCAACACCUUCCUACUCAAUUACCGAGCAACAGCUCAUUGCACUACUGGCAAAUCACCCGCUGUUCUCUUGUUUGGUCGAGAGAUACGCACCAAGCUCCCGUCGUUGAACACUAGCCGUUCGCCAGCUUCAACGUCACCUGUUGUAGACCCCGCCAUUCUAGAGCGUGAUCGUUGUCAGAAAGCAAAGAUGAAGAAGUAUGCGGAUAAGAAAAGACGUGCAGCACCUUCCAACAUAAAGAGGGGUGACAAAGUUCUUUUGACGCAAGAACGAAAGAAUAAGUUAUCCACAAAAUAUGACCCAGACCCAUAUAUAGUGGUAGGAACGAAAGGCACAAGUUUACUUCUAAAGAGACGAGCCGAGCCCGAGAUAAUGAGGAAUUCGUCAGCAGUUCGCAAAUUGCCGCCGGAGGGAACAGGUAGUCAUCCACACAAAGCCAAACGGAAACCAGACCAAGUGGUCGAUACAACAGCAAAGCCUAGAUUCCAGCGACAGCGAAAACCUUCUGAAUAUCUUGGAUAUGAAAAGUGA